CAUCCCUUAGCGGCUAGAGCUCUCUCCUUGAGAUCGAGCUUGACACUUGCCUCUAAGGAUUAAAUAGAAGAAGAAGAACUCAAAGAAUACAACUCACGUGUCAGUUCUCGAUUGCCGGUAUUAUCCUAGGAGUUGGAGGUUACAAAAAGGAAAAGGAUAUGGCAGCGAUCAAUUUGAUGAAUCUCGGACGAGAGAAAAUCGAGGAGAUUGUGAAUUCUUUUGAUACAAUUUUGGCGGACUGCGAUGGAGUUUUAUGGCGUCAAAACAAUUCAAUCGCCAACGCAGCGAAUGUAAUAAAUGCAUUUCACAAGACUGGAAAGAGCAUUUUCUACGUGACUAAUAAUAGUACAAAAAGUCGAGAAGAAUUUGUUGAGAAAGCUCAAAAUUUGGGUUUUAUUGCAAGCGCCGAUAAUGUUCUGUGUACGUCGUACUUAGCUGCUAAAUAUCUACAGAGUAUUAACUUUGAGAAAAAGGUGUAUACGAUUGGAUCGUCAGGAAUCACGAAGGAGUUAGAUAAAGCUGGCAUCGCUUAUUGUGGUGUUGGACCCGAUCCAGUCAUCGAGAAUUUCAAUUACGUCGAAAACUUUACCCCAGACCCAGAUGUUGGGGCUGUUCUCGUUGGAUUUGACGUAUAUUUCAACUACGUUAAAAUGCUGAAGGCUGCAACGUACCUUAAUAAGAAAGAUAUUCUGUUUAUUGGGACCAACACGGAUGAAAGAUAUGCUGCCUCCGAAACAAUCAUCGUACCAUGUACUGGAAGUAUUGUAAAAUGCAUCGAGACAUGUUCAGAACGUAAGGCAACGAUUAUGGGAAAACCGGCUCCCUACACUGCGAUUAUGUUGCAGAAUGAAUACAAAAUUGAUCCAACACGUACACUAAUAAUCGGUGACCGUGCAAAUACGGACAUUCUAUUUGGUAAAAGAUGUGGAUUCAAAACACUGCUCGUUCUAACCGGUGUCUCAACCACCAGUGAUAUCGAUAAUUGGAAAAAAUCCAAUGAUCUAAACGAUAAAGAAUUAAUUCCAGAUUACUAUACUCAAACAAUCGGUGAUCUUCUACCGUAUAUAAAAAAUCUAAAUAAUUGAUGAUUAUC